AUGGUGGAAGGUUACUUCAAAGGAAAAUGUGGUCUUAGACAAGGAGACCCUCUCUCUCCUUAUAUAUUUGUUAUUGCUAUGAACUACCUAUCUCUAAUACUAAACAAAGCGGCGGAGGAAGGGAAAUUUGCUUACCACCACGAGUGUGAUGCCUCCAAACUGAUUCAUCUUUGUUUCGCUGAUGAUCUUCUCAUCUUCAUGGAGGGCUCCCUGGAUUCUGUACAAAACGUCCUUCAGGUACUCCAUGAAUUCCAGCUUCGCUCUGGCCUAGCUGUUAGUGUACAGAAGUCAAGCUUCUUUGCCUCAAACAUUCCCCAAGAAGAAUGUGACCUGAUCAAGUUCUCUACUGGAAUGCCCCAAGGAACAUUGCCGGUUCGGUCGCUCGUCGUAGAUAGACCCUCGUGGGUGAAUCUAGAACCAUGCUUUGUCGAGGUAAGGUCAGUCGUCCUAGGUUGA